CCAAGCUCAUUGUGGAGACAGACACCUUUGGGAGCCGUGUGCGCAUCAAGGGAGCGGCCACAGGUUUCUACAUCUGCAUGAACAAGAAGGGGAAGCUGAUUGGCAAGAGCAACGGCAAAGGCAAGGACUGUGUCUUCACGGAGAUCGUCCUGGAGAACAACUACACAGCGCUGCAGAACGCCAAGUACGAGGGCUGGUACAUGGCCUUCACCCGCAAGGGCCGCCCGCGCAAGGGCUCCAAGACCCGACAGCACCAACGAGAGGUGCAUUUCAUGAAGAGGCUUCCCAAGGGCCACCAGACCACUGAGCCCCACAGGCGCUUUGAGUUUCUCAACUACCCCUUCAACCGGAGAAGUAAAAGGACUAGAAACUCCAGCUCCAGGGCGGGUCCUUGACUUGCUC